AAACAAUUUAUUUCACCAGAAUAUUUAAUUAAAAAAUUCAAUUCCGUACUCUGAUUAAUUCCCAAUCACGCUCUCAUUCUUUAUAAAUCCUUUAUCAAUCAUCGAUCAAUCGUUCAUCAAUCCUUAGAAUAAAUUGUCGUCAAUUACCUCAUUUGUUCAACAAUCAUUGUUAUAAUUAUUGCUGCCAGUGAAUCGUUUACUAUUUCCGGUGAUUUUUAAACUGCAAUUUGAAUUUUUGAUUGUGCAUUCAAUGGAGACGAUUCUUCAUUAAUUCCACAAGUUCGAUAAAGUAAAAGGCGAAUUGUUAGCAUGUCAUAUCGGCUGGAUGAAUUACGUCAUUGCUGAUCCGAUUAUUGCAGAGAGAAAUGUUGAAUACCCGCAAGAGAAUGCCGUCAUACCGUCCCUGGGGCUCGACGGAGGACGGUGCCAUCGAGUUUGAGUCCAUGACGACGGAAACCCUGCCUGGAGCCCUGGAGGUCAUAAAAGAGUCAUUUUUUACAGAUGAGAACACAUGUCGUGGGGUUGAGAUUCUCUCGGAGCCUGGAGCAUCAUCGGAGCUUGAAGAUCUCUGCCUCAAUGCAGCUCAGGAUGGGGUCAGUGUCGUCGCCAUCGACGUCGCAACAGGAAAAGUCGUCGGUGCGUCUUUCAACAAGAUCCAGAUGCAGCAAAAACCCGGGGAAAAAUCGGCGUUCGAGGUUUUCAGUGAGACUUGCAAGUACAAAUCUUCGAAAGCGCUGAUGGACGUGAUGAUCCUGGUGGACUCCAAGGUGGAUUUAUUCAAGCACUACAACGUCGACUGCAUUCUCGAGGUGAUGUUCCUGGUGACAGCGAGAUCUCACAGAGGGAAGAGGAUAGCUGAGCUCCUGAUGGCCUCAUCCAUCGAGAUAGCAAGACAACUCAAAUGUCAUAAAGACGUACAAACGCCUGUGGAGAUCCAGGGAACAAACGUAAUCACGAAUCCGAAUUGUGUUCCUGGUCUAGUCUCCGCGAUAGCGUCCUCGAACUACUCUCAGAGGAUCGCCGAGAAGCUGGGGUUCCAUUCUCUAGCUGAAAUCAAAUUCGAGGACUUUGUCUUCAACGGAAAAAAAGUUAGUGAACGAAUUGAUGAUGUUCACAAGAGCUGGAGGCUAGUGGCCAAACGAAUGAAAAUGUUCGGCUCUUCGCAGGCAGGACCUUUCGGUACCAUCGAGUAUCGACUACUCACGGAGGAUAAAAUCGAAUCGGCGAUCGAGAUUCAGCAGAAGUCGAUGCGUCAGGAGAAUGUGGCCCUUGGGGUCGGCCUCUACGAAGAAGAGGGCGGUCCCGAGGCCAUGAAGACCGUUUUCUACGAGGUUAUUAAAGACAAUUGCACUAUUGUUGCAAUUGACGUCAAAACCGAGGAAGUCGUCGCUGUAUCGUUUAACAAACUGCAUGCUCCAUUACCCAUCGGCGAGACAGAUCCUCUCGAAGAAGUGGUGAGGAACCACGUGAAGGCACGUUCCAGUCUCGCUCUUAUUGAGUUCCUCAGUGACGUGGAGUCCAGGGUAGACCUCUUCGAGAGGUACAACGUCAGCGGUGCGAUGGAGGUCUUCUACGUCGGGACAGACCCCAAAUAUCGGGGAUUUCGAAUUGGCCACGGGGUGGUGGCUGCAUCCCUGGCACUCGCCAGGGGUCUGAAAAAAUGCGGAACUGCCCAGAAUAAAAUCACUCCCGAAGUCGCUUUCGGAGUUUUCACUUCGAAUUAUAGCCAGAGGAUUGCGGAUAUCCUCAAGUUCGAGUGGCUAGAGACCGUCAACUACACGGAUUACGAGUACUGGGGGAAAACCAUGGCCGAGAGGAUCGGAACCGAGCACAAGUGCGCGAAACUCGGGGCGGUGAGGCUGUGAAUCGAUUCCACACUUUUCUUCCGAUAUCUCCGCUACUUAACAAGAUAGCCUUAUUUUCAUGAGAACCUUUUUCCUAGAGUGGAAUAAGACCUACGAAAAAGGUUCUAACAAAAAAUUCACUAUCUCUCUCAGAUUCCGAAAUUUUCAUCGAGAACUCUAUGAGGAAUCGAGUCGAAAGUGGUAAUGUGAAAUAAGUUGAAUUUGACAAUUUUCCUGAAUAUCAGAUAAUCGAAAAACUAUCAAUUAUACCAGGAAAUGUCAAAAAAUCUUUUUCGUCGGGAACUUAAUAAGUUACAAAAACGUUCUCUAAACAUUUCCCUCGAUAAUGGAUACUUCCCGAGAUAAUUCGGUUAUUAAGAAGAAAACUAGAAAAUCAACAGAACUCGUUUUUAUUCUCUCGUUGAUGAGAAAAAUUUGAGAAAUGAAUAAACGUCAGUCACCCCUGCAUUAUUCAGCUCCUUCAGGGCAUGGGGUAAUUCUUCAUCUCAGCACAUAAUUUUUUCAUGAAAUAUUAUGUCGUGUCUCAAAACCCUGAAAAAUCCUCCGCUGGAACAAGAAAAAUCAACGAUGCGGACAGUUUCAUUUUUUCAAUUUCAUUUAUUUAAAUAUGGAAUAGUCAUAAAAUGCACUUGAUACAUAUUUCCAAAUGAUGAUUCUUCAUGACAUUAAACCAAAUACUCUUACUUUAUUAAAUUUCUUUCAUCUUUUUUUAAAAUUCAUUCAGGCAGAGGAGUAGCUGCCAUUCGCUGGACUAGAGAUUUCACUACUGCUUUAUUGCGUGUCCACCAUUCGUGACAAUCAUUCAUUUUUUUUUCAUGAUAAUGUUAUAGUUUCUGCGCUGACUGAUGCACCCGAAGUGUCAAAAACCCUCCGAGCAUUAGCGCACACUGAGAAAAGCCUUAUUAUACUUGAACAAUUUUUUUUAAACCUAAUUCUUGCAGAGAAUCAGUUUUUCGGCGAUAUCUCGAUACCCAGUAGAGCUAUAAAAAAAAUCGCUCCAUAUCUUUCGUAGAGAAUAAAAAAACGAAAAAAAAGCAUUCAGUUGAAAAAAGUCGUAAGUUCAAUGGCUUCCAAGAUAUUCACAGAUAUCCCCGAAAAACUGCAUUCUCGAUAAUUUUGGGGUAUAAAUUAUAAUUACAAUUGGAAAUUCUACCGAAAAAAAAUAAUAAAUAUUACCGAAUAGAUCAGUUAAUUUACGAUAAAAGAUAACGACCCAGUCUGUUAAGUUAACCUCUGUCAAAAAAUUCUGUACAUUAUCCAUACGUUAAAAAUUCUUCAGCUAUGAUUCGCCAACUUCGUCGAAAAAAAAAAAUUAAAAAAAUGUGAAAAGUGUCAUUGUUCUUCAAUUAUUGUUUUUCAUUAGGAAUAAUUCGAUUACCGUUAUCAAAGGCACCGAAUGGACCGCGCAAUACUACAAAAAAGCACGGAUUACAGUUAAUUAUUUAUUUGGCAGUGAUCGAGGCCCUGAAGGUGAUAAACAAUCCUCGAUUCCAGUGUCUUAUCAAUCUCGAUAUUUCCAGUGUCUAGCGUUACUACUGGCUCUCAUCGUGGAAAUAUUGAAAUUUUU